CUGAGCAAACACCGCCCCAUACGCUCACACCUCCUGACGAGACCCAGAGGAGGAGGAAGGGCUGUAAGUAAGGGUUAGAGUCAGACAAACAUAUCGCUAGUGACGCCGACAAGUCACGUUACUAAUCGCAAUCUAGUUACUAGUACAAUGUGACGCUGACGUGAGAUCGCUCCGGAUUCCAUGUGAUGCCCACUCAGGGAGCAAGACCCGCCGCUCCUGUCAUCACCAUGCCCUCAGGAUGCCGGGGUUCGGUGCUGCGCUGGUGGUGUAUGGCUCUGGGCUGGCUGCACCUGAUCUCUGGGUACCCACAGCCGGCCGGUGAUUCCACUGCACACGUGUUUAGUUUGAACGGAGUAUGGAGGGUUCGUAACGCUGACAGCUCCGUGCAGCUGUAUGGUGAUGUACCUGGCUGUGUGCACACUGCGCUAUCCUCAUGGGGAACCAUAAAGGAUCCUUACAUUGGAUUUAAUGAUGUCAAAUAUAAAUGGAUCAUACAAGAUGACUGGAUAUACAGCAAGUCUUUCACACUUCCUCCCAAUAUAAGGCAAUGGCAGAAAGUUACCUUGGUUUGUGAAGGGAUUGAUACAGUUUCCACAAUCCUUCUCAAUAGAAUUCCCAUUAUGAAAACUGAGAACAUGUUCAAUAGAUAUACUAUUGACAUCACCAAAAUCGUUGCAGAGGAGAAUUCCUUAGAGAUCAAGUUCCAGUCUGCUGUCAAGUGGUCAGAAGAAAAAAGCACAAACCACUCUUAUGUUGUUCCUCCAGAGUGCCCCCCAAAAGUACAGAAGGGGGAAUGUCAUGUCAACUUCAUCCGAAAGGCUCAGUGCUCUUUUAGCUGGGAUUGGGGCCCUUCGUUCCCUACACAGGGCAUCUGGAAAGAUAUUAGGAUUGAGGCAUAUAAUGUUGUUCACAUGGACUAUGUUUCAUACGUUCCAGUGUUCGAUAAUUCCACUUCCCAAUGGAUGAUUGUCAUUGAGCCAGUGUUUGAUGUCCUCACUGCAAACCCUCUUUCAGGACAUGUUUUCGUUUUGAUACCAGAUCUUCAGGUUGACCAGUCACAUGAUCUAGUUAUACAUCCUGGACAGCACUUAUAUAAGAUCAUUAUAAAAAUCAAUGCGAGUGUACCUGUAGGUUUGUGGUGGCCAAAUGGUUAUGGACAGCAAACCAGCUACAAUAUGUCUAUUACGUUUGACUUUGAGGGGGAAUAUAUCAUUAAAGAAGCAGCUAAGAUUUAUUUUCGUACAGUGGAGCUCAUUGAGGAGCCAAUCACUGGCUCUGCUGGUCUCUCCUUCUACAUGAAGAUUAAUGGUAUCCCCAUUUUCCUGAAAGGAUCCAACUGGAUACCAGCUGACGCUUUCCAAGAUAAAGUGAGCUCUGACAAGCUCCGUGUUCUGCUACAGUCUGUUAUUGAUGCCAAUAUGAAUACUCUGCGUGUCUGGGGUGGAGGAAUCUAUGAGAGCGAGGAGUUCUACAAUAUGUGUGAUGACUUGGGAAUAAUGGUCUGGCAUGACUUUAUGUUUGCAUGCUCUCUUUAUCCUGUUGAUGAUUGGUUCUUGGGCACAGUCAGAGAAGAAGUCACUCACCAGAUUCGAAGACUUAAAUCUCACCCUUGUAUCAUUGUCUGGAGUGGCAACAAUGAGAAUGAGGCUGCAAUUGCCAGCGAUUGGUUUUCAAUACCCACCUACAUGAAAGAAGUUUAUGUACAAGACUAUUUGACCCUUUACAUAAAAACCAUUAGAGUGCUUGCUCUUGAGAUGGAUGCGACUCGUCCUUUCAUUGCAUCAAGUCCAACCAAUGGGAAAGAGACGGUUAAAGAAAACUGGCUGUCCAAAGAUCCAUAUGACAAUCAUUAUGGAGAUACCCACUACUACAACUACAUGACAGACUGCUGGGACUGGACAUCCUACCCCAAACCUCGCUUUGCUUCUGAAUAUGGUUUCCAAUCCUGGCCAUCAUUUAGUACAUUACAAAAGAUUUCGUCUCCAGAGGACUGGUCCUACACUAGUAACUUUACAGCCCAUCGACAGCACCAUGCUUCAGGGAAUGAGCAGAUGACUUCCCAGGCUGGUCUCCACUAUAACAUGCCUAAGAACACUGAUCCUAUUACAGAGUUUCAAGAUACCUUGUACCUAACUCAGGUAAUGCAGGCUCAGUGUGUAAAACUGCAGACAGAGUUUUACAGACGCAGUCAGAGUGAGAUUGUGAAUGGACUUGGCUACACGAUGGGGGCACUCUACUGGCAGCUGAAUGAUAUCUGGCAAGCACCUUCUUGGUCAUCUAUAGAGUAUGGAGGCAAAUGGAAAAUGCUUCAUUACUAUGCAAAAGACUUCUUUGCUCCUGUUGCAACAAGUGCAUUUGAAGACCAAGAAGUUUUACACAUUUAUGGAGUGUCUGAUCUGUUGAAGGAUUACUCUUUCAAGCUUACCAUUAAAGUCUACAAAUGGGACUCGCUGAUACCAGUCUGUGAAAGAGUUACACAAGAGUUUGUUAUAAAGGCAAGGAGUUCUGACCUAGUGUACAAGGAAUCUGUUGCAGAACUACUAAUGAGGUGUGGCAAUACUACCAGGCUACACAGUGUGGUGGUCUUCAGCCUGUUACACAAUGGACAAGCCUAUGGUGCCAAAAACUGGCAUUUUCUAAGCUCACCGAAACAAGCUCAAGGACUGCUGAAACCCAAUAUCACGGUGUCUAUCUCUAAGAACAAUGCAGCAUAUGUAUUCACACUGAUGAGUUCCAGUCCAGCUGCUUUUGUGUGGUUGGAUGUCUGGUACAUAGCUGGAAGGUUCAGUGAUAAUGGUUUUCUACUGACUGAGGAGAAGACAGCAGUUUAUUUUUAUGCCUGGGAACCAGUCACCAUUGAUGAACUUAAGAAAUCACUCCGUGUAACUACCCUACGAGACAUCUAUUAGCAAUAAUGGCCACUUGGAGCACAGAAUUGGAAACAGCACGGCUGGAGCUGGAAGAUACAGUGUAACACUAAUCCGUGUAUUCGCUGGCAUUUAUGUAUUUUUGAAUAAACUGUUAAAUCUUGA